AUGGACACCAUCCCGAAGGAGGAAGAAGAAGAAGAAGAUGAAGAAGAUGAAGAAAAAGAAGAUAAAGAUGAAGAAGAUGAAGAAGGAAAGGGACGUGCACAUACAGAAGGAUGUGCAAAAGGGACAGAUUGGGCUAUUGUUGAAAACAUAAAAUUGAGAAAUCAAAUACAAAGCUUGAAGGGAAAAUAUGAAAAAAUGAAUAAAAAUCUCAGCAUAAGGUGCCAGCUUCUCCAGAACAGGAAAAAAAGUGUGCCGAAUGAUAACUUCUACAUAAAGUUGGAUGAAAUCCUGAGAAGAAAACGAAAAGGUAAGAAAUACAAAAAUAAUUAUUCUCAAACAGACAUCACUUUUUUAAACCCUUUCUUUUCGAAAUGGGAUUGUUACUUUGAAGACGAUUAUUUAGUAAAUAAAAUUUCAAGUGAUGGAGAAGUGGAAAUUUUAAAAAAAAAAAAAAUAGAAAAAAGGGCUAACGAGAUAAUGUAUCAUUACAAUUACCCAAAUGAUGAAUGUACUCAUUUUAUGAAUAAAUGUGGUGCAGGGAAAAACGAUUCCUCCCUAACACAUACUUCUACAAGAAGAAAACCAAUAAUCUUCCCUUUUUGCAACAAAAAACUUGCAUAUCCAAGGGAUCGACAAAAUGUGAAUAUUCUCAGAGUGCCACAUCACGUUACACAUAAAGAUAACUUAACCUAUAGCAUAUACACAGAUCAUGAUUUAAUUUUCAUAAGACAAACAACAGAAAAUUUGGUACCCAACAAAGCAAGGCUUGAUCAUUCCAAUCAUCUUCCUCAUUCUGAUCAUUCCAAUCUUAAGGAUGGUGAAACGAAUAGCUAUUAUCAUGAGCACGGGGGUAAAAAAUGUGUUACUAAAAACAUGAACCCAGUGAGUAAUCAUCAAAAGAUGGGAUUCAAUGAGAACGAUGAUGGAUAUGCAUACACAAAAAAUAGUGCCAGACAUAAGGGCGGAAAAAAAAACACAUGCAAAAAAGGGAGUGUAGACACGCAUGCUGAUAAGUUAGCUGUUCUACCUCUACCACCACGACUCCGUGAGGAAAAAACAGACAAUGCAAUUUCCCAAUUCAUGAAAGCAAAACAGAUAAGGAGUGCUUCACGUAACAGACUAGGAGAUACUAUAGAAGAAUGUCCGAUUAAUGCUAAAAAUUCUACUCAAAGAGAUGCAAGAAGUUUAAAAAAAAAAAAACUCAGUAGGGUUGAACCUGUAGAAGAAUUUGGUGAAAAGCGGGACAAUAUAAACGAGGAAACUGGAGAAAGGGAAAAAAUCCCAGAAAAAAAAGAAAACGACGAAAACGACGAAAACGACGAAAGUGAAGAAAAUAAAUAUUCCAAUUACUCUACUAAAAAUAUGAAGAUCUCUUCAGCAGAAGAGAAUAAGAAGGAUAUUGUACUUACAGAACUGAGUGAUACAAACAACUCCAAAAUAGUUCUUUCGAAGGACAGGGAAAACACUGUUAAACGGACGUAUUUUAACAAAACGAAGAGUGAAAAGUGGGAAGAUGUAUGUAAUGAAAAUGAUUUCCUUAACACACCUAAAGGUACAUGUUCAAGUUUUUUCUUAAAUAGUAAAAUUGAGGAAGAGGAAAGAGGAGGAGAAGGGAGAGGAGGAGAAGGGAGAGGAGGAGGACUGUUCAUUAAUAAAGUCAACCAACAAAAAAGCAAGAAGGACAAAACAAACAGAUUUACACUUGAACAGAUGGAUAAAGGAAAUACAAAAAGGGAUAGAUACAUCGAUGUUCUUUUAAAGAAUGUGGAUGAACAAAAAAAUGAACAAAAUUUUUCAUCACCAUCAUCAUCAUCAGCAGCAGCAGAGGCAGCGACAGGAGGGGGGUAUGAUAAGGUAGAUCCACCACUAGUACUAUCCCCAAUGAUGAUUCCAAUCCAAUGUGAUAAUAUGGACAGAACUACCUCUCAUUCAGAAUUUAUACAAAAAAGAGGAAAUAAUCCAUGUUUCAAAACACUUGUAGACAAAAAAGAAUAUAUCUCAUCAUGUGGGGUAAAAAAAAAAGAGGUUUUUCAAACUUUGGAAAAAGGAGUUACUAAGAGAUCUUCCUUACCUUCCUCUCCCACACGGAACAUACUCUGCAACAGUGAGUUAAUAACAUCACCAAGUUCGAGAAUCAUAACGGAAGGAAGCGAAGAAGCAAUAACUAAAUUUCGAAAAAAACAACCACACUUAGGAGAGGAUCAUACAAACCAAAUAUCCGACUUGGAUGGUACCACCAUUCCAAAUUGUCUGUACAGUAAUAAUUUGUAUACGCAAAAUAAUUAUUACUGUACAAAAAAAAUAAAAAACAAAAAAAAUAAAAAUAAUAAAACUAUCACUCCCGGUGAUUAUUUAUCCAAAAUAAAAAUUGAAAUGGCCUCACAAGUUAAACUGCACCAACAGAACAGCUGUCCUCACAUGGGGAUAAGAAGUACGGGCAAGGGUGCAGUGAUAGAGAAAUCUCGAGAUAUUGCCAGCAGUAGAAGUAGCCACAGCAAUAGCCAUGGCAGAAGAAUAACCGAAGUGUCGGUGGGGAAUGGAGUGAACACAUGCCCACAUAAAUAUCGUCCUAAAAGGGGACUUAUCUCUGAUGGAGAAGAUUUGGGAAUUCUUGAAAGAUGUAAUGAUAACGUUUCAUUUGACAAUGUGGAAAAAUGUACUAAUGAGAUAAAGAAAAUUUCUUUGGAACACAAGAAAAGGGCCUUCCUUUUCUAUAUGUGA